GAUAACAGGAUUGGCGUAUCCCCACUAGCUCCUGACCCAUAUUCCCAAAGAAAACGUUUACAGAAGAUUUAAGGUGCUCUCUACAGCCGCUUUCCACUGCGCGCAAUCUCAGCUCCAGCAGCAGCAGCGGAGGAGUCGUUGCGAUCUGGCAGAAAGCAUGCAGCCUCCUCCUCUCUGAACGCAGUCAGUGCUCUCAUGCCUCCGAGACCCAGCCACCCGCCGUCAUUAGCGGACGCCUUUGCAAUGAAACCGCUAUAAUCCAGCCUGCCUUUUCUACUUUGUCUCACUCUUGACUCAAUUCACAACGGGGGAAGAAAAAGAAGAGAAACACGAGACGCACUCUUCAAUCUGUAAGUUUUCGCGUGUGUCGCACUGGAGGGGAGGAAGCGAUGGCAGCCCCGGUGAAAGCAGCUUUGGCUCUUCUGGUUCUCACCGUGGCAACUGCCUUGUGUGCGGAGGUGGAGGAGCGUCUGGUGAGUCACCUGUUGUCAUCAGAUCGCUACAACAAGCUGAUCAGACCAGCUGUGAACAACAGCCAGCAGGUCACCAUCUACAUCCAGGUGUCUCUGGCCCAGCUGAUCAAUGUGAACGAGAGGGAGCAGAUCAUGACCACCAACUGUUGGCUCAGUCAGGUGUGGAAUGACUACAGAUUAAUGUGGGACCCUGAAGAGUACCAGGGAAUCAAGAAAAUCCGACUCCCGUCACAACACAUCUGGCUGCCAGACAUCGUCCUCUACAACAAUGCUGAUGGGACCUAUGAAGUCUCCUUCUACUCCAAUGCAGUGGUCUCCAACAACGGCGAAGUGGCCUGGCUCCCACCAGCUAUCUACAAGUCGGCCUGCAAAAUUGAAGUCCGUGAUUUCCCUUUCGACCAGCAGAACUGCACCCUCAAGUUUCGCUCCUGGACCUACGACCACACUGAGAUAGACCUCAUCCUCCUCAGUGAUUUCGCCUCACGUGACGACUUCAAACCCAGCGGUGAGUGGGAUAUUGUUUCCCUGCCUGGCCGCAAGAACGAAGACCCGAACGACAUCAGGUACCUAGACAUCACCUAUGACUUUAUUAUCAAAAGAAAGCCUCUCUUCUACACCAUCAACCUGAUCAUUCCCUGCAUCCUGAUCACGUCUCUGGCUAUCCUGGUGUUCUACCUCCCGUCAGACUGUGGUGAGAAGAUGACGCUCACUAUCUCCGUCCUCCUGGCACUCACUGUGUUUCUACUCCUUAUCUCCAAAAUUGUGCCACCCACGUCUUUGGCAGUGCCUCUGAUCGGAAAGUACCUGAUGUUUUCUAUGGUACUGGUCACCUUCUCCAUCGUCACCAGCGUUUGCGUGCUCAACGUGCACCAUCGGUCCCCCAGUACGCACACCAUGCCUCCGUGGGUGAAGCGUGUCUUCCUGUACCGGCUCCCCUCUUACCUCUUCAUGCGGAGACCCGGCAGCUCCAACAUCCGUGAGAAGUUCAGGAGAAAACACCAACAGAGAUCCUACUCUGACCAGAAGAUGUGUGAUGGUGGCCAUGCAGGGAUGGCAGAUUCCUCCUCAUCCUUCUUUGUCAACGAGGAGUCGGCCAAACGCUACGGCUGGAGAAUCAGCGACAUGUCAGAUAACACAGAGUUCAGGAAGAGGAUGACGCUCAAGAGAAACAUUGACGUGGAAGAUGCAGUAGAUGGAGUACGCUACAUUGCUGACAAGAUGAAGAGAGAGGAUGAUGAUGAAGGGAUAAUUGAAGACUGGAAGUACGUGGCCAUGGUGAUCGACCGUCUCUUCCUGUGGAUCUUCGUGUUUGUGUGUGUGGUCGGGACGCUGGGUCUCUUCAUGCAGCCUCUGUUCCAGAACUACUACACUCCCCUUGUUGAUGAGUAGGACAAUACAUGAAAGCUGAAACGUCGUUAUGAACUAACUUCACCCCUCGCCCCUCUGAACAGAGCUCUGACAACAUUUUAAAACAUAAACCUGUCCGUCUUGCACCACACGCUCAAUGCACUUUAGACCUCUUCCACCACCUUCUCCCCUCCUUACUUCCACUCUGACAUCCUCCAUGUGUCCUGCCAUCCUCUGCUCCACUCUGCUAGGCAAAGGCAAACAGUACAUUAUAACCAGAUGGACUUACUUUUGGACUACCUUAGUUGUUUUUCAUGAUAUCAUAAUAAAAAAACACAAUGGCCAGCUAUAAAAACAAGCACCAGGUUAUAAUUAACCAGAAUUAUUGUUUAAUUCAAACAAAAAAUAAAGCAGUCUUUCAUCAUAUGCUCUUCCUUGGGGAUCGAUACAGGUCCAAUGAUUGACAUAUAGCAGCAUGGAUACAUAAAGGUGUAUUGACCCACAUUGCAGUUCAAAAAGGUUUACUGGACAACAGCAACUCAGGACUGUUUCCAUUUAAAACUGAUUUUGUUUAGCUAUGUCUCUCUGUUUAAAUAUCAGAUAUCAUGCCAUUAUGGGGCCUGAAUGCAUUCAAAAAAGUUCAGUUCAGUUUUUUUUUCUCAAAGACAGACGAAGAUCACCUCUCUUGGAGCUUUUGCCAAUAGUACACUAUAUACAAACGUUUGCCUUUCAAAUCGGACCGAGACGGCACACAAACUGUUGGACUGCUCAAAUAACAAUAACAAUGGAUGUGUGUGCGACGUGUUUUUACCCUCACACAAACCUCACUGUGAGACUGAUCCAAUGUAAGCUGCUGCUGUCAUGUUUAAAAGCAGCUUUGUUUUUAAAUAAAGGAGGGACGUUACAAUAACAAGCAACACUUUAAACCAGUGGUCCCCAAACUAAGGCCCGCGGGCCGGGUACGGCCCGCCUCCACAUUUGGCCCGGCCCCCUGAACAAUACCAGAGACGCAUUAUGAUUUUUUUUUUUUUUUUUUUUUUCAGUCUGGCCACGCGAAUCCUAGACUAGCCCCUGUCAAAAUGUUGUGACCUGCUCUAUCGAAAUCAGUCGCA